CGCAUGCGCCUCGCCCCCUCCGGCGCGGGGAGGGGGAUGCGGACGGGGGAAGAUGGCGGCCUCGAACAACCCGCGGAAAUUCAGCGAGAAGAUCGCGCUGCACAACCAGAAGCAGGCGGAGGAGACGGCGGCCUUCGAGGAGGUCAUGAAGGACCUGAGCCUGACUCGCGCCCACCGGUUACAGCUGCAGAAAACCCAAUAUUUGCAGCUGGGACAGAGUCGUGGCCAGUACUACGGUGGGUCGCUGCCAAAUGUGAAUCAAAUUGGAAACAGUGCCAUGGAUCUGCCCUUCCAGCACAACGGAGCUCUGGCAGAAGCCUUUGGAGCAGUUCCUGUCUCUUUGACUCCUUUUCAGUCGUCGGGAUUGGACACAAGCAGGACAACUCGGCAUCAUGGUCUGGUGGACAGAGUGUAUCGUGACAGAAACCGUCUCGGCUCCCCCCAUCGACGCCCUCUCUCUGUGGAUAAACAUGGAAGACAAGUGGACAGCUGUCCGUAUGGCACUGUGUAUCUGUCACCUCCAUCAGACACAAGCUGGAGAAGGACAAAUUCCGAUUCUGCCUUGCACCAGAGUACUAUGACUCCAGCUCAACAGGAAUCCUUUUCAGGAGGGUCACAGGACAUGCAGCAGAAAAGAGUUUUAUUACUGACUGUCCCUGGAAUGGAGGAAACCACCUCGGAGGCAGACAAAACCCUCUCUAAACAAGGCUGGGACACUAAAAAGACUGGGUCAUCAAGACCUAAAUCAUGUGAAGUUCCAGGAAUCAACAUCUUUCCAUCAGCUGACCAGGAAAACACUACAACACUGAUUCCUGCUACGCAUAACACGGGUGGCUCCCUGCCAGACCUGACAAACAUCCAUUUCCCUUCCCCUCUCCCUACGCCGUUAGAUCCUGAGGAAUCCACAUUCCCAGCCCUGAGUAGCUCCAAUAGUACCGGGAAUCUUGCUGCCAAUCUGACUCACUUGGGCAUCAGCACUGCCAGUCAGGGAAUGACGACGACGCCAGCCCCUUCCCAGCAGCACCGUCAGCCAGCCGUCAGUCCUCUCUCGUUGAGUGCAGACUCAAGACGACCACAGUCACAGCAGAUGUCUCCUACGCUUUCCCCUUUGUCACCGAUUACUCAGGCCGUGGCUAUGGACGCAUUGUCUCUGGAGCAGCAGCUUCCCCCAUAUCCGUUUUUUACCCAGACAACUUCCCAGCAACAGCAGCAGACCCAGGUGGCGAGUACCCUGCCUCAGAAUACUCCUUUAAUGCAGACCUCUGGUUUACAGCGAGGAACACAACUCCCCCCACUCUCCGUCACGGUACCUUCUACCAUCCCACAGUCCCCUCCAGGAAGCCAGACCCAACCGUCAAUGGGAAUAGACAUCAACUCGGCUUCACUCCAGCAGUACCGCAGUAAUGCUGGGUCCCCAGCCAACCAGUCUCCCACCUCUCCUGUCUCCAAUCAAGGCUUCUCUCCUGGCAGCUCCCCUCAACAUUCUUCCAUUCUGGGGAGUGUAUUUGGUGACUCCUAUUAUGAUCAGCAGAUGACAGCUAGGCAGGCUAAUGCCCUAUCCCAUCAGCUUGAACAGUUUAAUAUGAUAGAAAACGCCAUUAGUUCCAACAGCCUGUACAGCCCUUGUUCCACCCUUAACUACUCCCAGGCAGCCAUGAUGGGACUUACCGGCAGUCAUGGCAGCUUGCAGGACUCGCAGCAGCUGAAUUACUCCAGCCAUGGAAACAUCCCCAACAUCAUUCUUACAGUGACAGGAGAAUCUCCUCCCAGCUUAUCAAAAGAACUGACCAGCUCUUUGGCAGGAGUGGGAGACGUCAGCUUUGACACGGAUUCCCAGUUCCCUCUGGAUGAACUCAAAAUUGACCCUUUAACCUUGGAUGGACUGCACAUGCUGAACGACCCAGACAUGGUCCUCACUGACCCCGCCACAGAGGACACGUUCAGGAUGGACCGGCUGUGAAGCGUUGGACACCAGGAGCGUGGGAAUGACGCUUGUUCCUGGCGCCCAGCCGAACUGGAGAGUCCGAUGGGUCAGUCGUGUCAGAACAGGAGCUGCUGAGAGCGGUAGCUCUGUCCUGUACAACGUGUACAAUGAGUAAAGCUUGUCGUUCUAAGCUUGCAGCGCUGCAGACCCCUACUCCCUGUCGCGCCGUAUUUCACCCCUUUUUCCACUCAUUGCCAUUAAUGAGUAAGGAGUUUCCAUCAGCCUUUUCCUCUCCAGAGCCCCCCCUUCCCCCCCACCAAAGCUCCAGCGUUAAGUUGUCGAUUUAUCCUUUGCACUAGAAAGGGGGCGGUUUGGGGCAGGCGAGGCAGGUUCAGAGCUGAGGGUAAAGAGAUUCUUUCUAAUGUACCAAAUUGUUGGCUGCUGUUUGAGACGGGGAGGGGGGAAGUGCAGAUUACGGCUCCCCCUUUCCCCCCCUACACCGAUUCGAAAGCAAAUCUGUGUUGCCACCCUCCGGGAGGGGCUGGGGGAGCUUCGGCCGUUUUGACUCUGCUUUGUGACAGCUGCUUUGUAGAGUAAAACGCUUCUUCCUUUAUGGAUCUGCCGUGUUUGUUUUCAGGUUUUGGUUCCUUGACUGUCGUCCUGCACCCACUGCCCCUUCUCGUGCCCCGAGCAAACUCGCCCACUUGGCAAAGCAGAAAAAGCAGCCUGGCAGCCCAAUGGCCUUUUGUAGCCAGCUAGUCAAAAAAGGCAACUGUAAACACUAUUUUCAAAGCUUUUUUUUUUUUUUUUUAAAUAUAUAUGUAAUAUAUAUAUUUAUAAAUAUAUGUAUACAUAUAUAUAUAGCAUUUCUGAGCACACAAAAAAGUACUAUAAUUCAUUACUUGAUUAGCAUGGAGGAAGGAUCAGAACAUUUUAAAGCAGCUAAAAGAAUAUAGGAGACUAACCUGCAGAGCAUGUUUCUAAUUUUCCUUUGUGAGAGAUUCCUGGGCAACAGGAAGGGCAUUUCUAUAGCAAUGCCUGGCUCAAAUCAUGAUGACUAUUUUUUAUUUUUUAUUCUUAUUCAUUACUUAUUCUGUUACCAUUAUUUAUGAUCUUUUUGGUUGUGUUGGUUUUUUUUUUAUUUAAGUAUUUGGAUAUUAGGAAAGUAGCUAAACUACAUACAGCCAAUUGAAGCACUCUACAUAAUACUUGUACAGUACAUCUUUUUUGUGUUUUUAUUCCAGAAAUAUAUUAUAUAUAUAUUAUAUAUAUAGGUAUUUUUAACUAACUGGAAUUUUAAACAGAUGUUGAGCGGAAGUAAGGAAGCCUAAGGCAAGUCUAGAUGUUUUCCUUUUAUAUAGUCAAAAUAGGGUGGCAGGAACUUAGAUAUUCCUUCUUUCACCCUGGGGAAAAAAAUAGCUUGCUCCAGUGAAUAGCACUGUACCCUCAAAAAUGUUGAGAUUCUGUUAAAUUUAUAAUAGACUAUUUCUGUUAGUCCUUGUUAAUAUUCUGCGCUGCAGUAUAACGGACCGGUGAAUGACACUUUAUCAAUGGCAAAUUAAAAACCAACCCGACCCCAAACCACAGGCCGCCCAUUGACUCCAAAUGGGUGAUGCCACCUACGUGUCAUGGCUGGAUUGAUGAUGGUUCCCAGAUCUCUGGACUUGGGACUCUUCCCAAAUUUAAAAAGGCGUUUAAAGAUCGAUCAAGAGCCCAACGGGCUUAUUGUUAAACCGCUGCCUUCGUUACACUAUAGUCUGCACAGUAACAGAACCUAGAAGUACCUGACCCUUCUCUUCAGUAGAAGUUACGAAUUAAUGUUUGAGUCUUAUUAACAAAUUAAAAGCGACGUUGCGCCUAACAGCCCGAACGUGAGCUGAACCACUACCUGCUAGAGGAAAGCAUUUCCAUGUGGUAGGGGUUGAACAUCCACACCUAUUUUUGUUCAAUAGAGCCUCAAUAAAAGAGCCGGUUGAGUUUUCAUUUCAAGAUGAGUUGUGUUUUGUUGAUCCCCCCCUCCGGCAUGGUAGUUCCACGUCUGCUCUUUCGACUUGGUCUGCAUCAGCUGGAUUUCUUUUUUCUCUAAAAACAUGUCUGUUCUUUCUCAGACGUCAUGACUUUCAACCAAAACCAAACCCAAAUCCAACCUUCAGCACUUCUUCCCGUCCUGUUCCCCUCGAAAAAAAAUUUUUUUUUUCCUUUUUCCUUGCUGUUUUCAGCAAGCGGUGAUGAAGGUCGGCAGAGGAGCUGGCCUUCUCUUAAUGAGUUAUACUAGGUUUCUGUGUGCUUCCAGAAAUCGGUGGGAUGCCGUCCUGGGACUUGUGCAAACACUGCUGAGCAGAAUCAUUGUUGGGAUCUCUCUAACCUGGGUGCGUGUUUGCUCACAUUUGUGCCAUUCGUUGACCAUUUGCACUAAAAAAUGUUGGGUUUUUUUUUCUUUCAAUCUCUUAGCUGGCGUGUGUCUUUUUUGUUCCUUGCCACGCAACUGAAAGGUUAUCCUGCAUCUUUUUUGUGUGUGUCAGGAUUUAAGCCUGAUAGUAUGUGUUAACUCCUGGUGUCUGCUUAUUUCAGAUUGCUAAUGCUUUUUCAAUUUAAGGAGGGAAAAAACCAAAACAAAGGUAGCUUCAGACAGGAGGAUACCCUAAAAGAACGGGAGUAAUUUGGGCAUAGGGGACUCGGAUCCUUUGCUUUGAAACAGCCACAGGUACAGUGUGAGUCGAAUACGCUUCUUGCAGUUCACGUAGUUCCUUGAUGGGAUUUCUGCCUGUAUUGCGCUCUUGUUCAACGUGUAAAUUCUUGUUUGUGAUUUAUUUUUUUAAAACCAGAGUCACUUCCGAAUGAAGCAUCCAAGUAGGAGAUGAGAUUCCUCACUGGAGACUUUUACAGGGAGCUGUUGCUAAAUGCUACCUUCUAAUUUUUUUUAAACUACAUGUGUAUAUAAGAGAUCUUGUUUAUUAGACUUGUAAGUAGACAUUUAAAAUGGCCUUAAUUUAAGAAAUAACAUGUCUGGAUGCAACUGUCAAAAUUAGGGACCAUCUAGUUGAGAGAAAUCCAGGUUUUGUUCCUUUCGUGCGGGGCAAAUGGAGAAGGGUGCUUUGGGAGUAGGAAGGAGGCGGAUGAAGUCAUCGUGGGAAGCAGAUGACGGCUCUGGAUGACAAGAUGUGCUUCAUCUCGUAAGCCCCGGUAGCGGGCAGGCAAAAGCUGCUUUUAGUCCCGACCCUUUGAGAACCGGAGCAGUUAUUUCAACAGCUCUUGCAUUUUGCUUCCCGGGGGGGCCGGUUUCUUGACAGCAUCAUGUAGGAGCUGAACAGUGAGAGGGAUUUUUUUUUUUCCCCCUCUCCCCUUAAAAUUUAUGUUUUUGUAACGUUGUGUGUGCAUAAGGCUGAUUUUUUAAAGCAAAACCAAUCUAUUAAGUUGUCAGAUCUAAGCGUGGAGCAGUUCCCCAGUGUUUUUGGAACAAGUAAUCUGAUUUCAUUUGAAAAUCUACUAGCGUUUUCAUUUUAAAUUGUGCACGUAAGGGCGAGAGCUGUCCGGAGCGGCUGGUCCUUCCCGUCCAGGGAUGGACGAGGGCGGGAAGAAAAAAGAUCACUAAAAAAAAAAAACCCAACCAACCAGAAGUAGUAUUAUUUAUAACUUUUUCAGUUAAAUGAUGUUGAAACUGUCUGGUGUCUCAAAGGGUUACUGUCCAAACAUACCUGCUGAGUGAACCCUACCCCUCCCUACAUGUGUUUUUAUAUAUAUAUAUAUAUAUACAUUAAAAAAAAAAAAGUUCCCAAGCGAGACUGUUGCAUCUGCCAAUACAAUGGGGAAAUAAUAGGAAUAAACCUUCAGUCUGUAAAAUACUGUGAUUUUUCAAAAGCAAACCAGAACUCCGCUGUUGGUUGCAGCGCAGGCGGGCGGGAGGGGGGAGGCUCUUGUCAUUGUACAUAGUCUGCUGCAUCCUUGGUCAAACGAACCCGCACGGGCCGAGUUCCGGUCCCUCUGCCGCAUGCGUGACUGACCGCGGCAGCACCGAACCUGCUUCUGCAUGUCAGUGAACACUUUGCCAGCGGUCUGUAACUGUGCAAAACCUUCCCUGUACAGAGAACCUUUGGGUUGUUUUUUUCCUUUUUAUUUUUUUUUUUAAAAGAGGGAAAAAGGUUUCCAGAAAGAGGCUGCAAAAUAAUUUAAGAAAUUGUUAAUUAUUUGUACAUUUCACUACCUUAUUUUAAGUUUAAUUGGGUUUUCUUUAAACAAGUGUGCCUGAGAAAAACCCUGGCGCGAACCCAUGCAACAAGAACGCUUAUGGAUGAAAAGAAAGCUGCCCUCUGAGUUUGCGUAAAAGCAGCAUCUGAUAACUGACAGAAUUGCUUAAACUUCCCUCAAAAAUAAGGUCUUGACUGUGCUUGUUUGUAAAAGCUUGGAUUUCUGUAGAAUUAAUAAUUAAGGCUUGAGAUCUGUCCCUUAAUGAGCAUGGUACUCACCCUGGAAACCCCCUCUGUACAAGAAGGAAGAGGAAAGCCCCCUCGUCGUCCCGUAGGUUCCAAUGUACGCUGUGCUUUCGGGGAAAAAAAAAAGGCAAAAAAAAAAAAAAAAAGCGUUUAUUCCUCUGAAAAAUGGAACCCCCGUCACUGUGAUGGCAAUGUGAAAGCGCAGGUAGCGUUUGUUACAUGUGUCUGUUCUUUUUAAAAAACAAAAAAGCUAAAAAAAAACCAAAAACCAAAACCCAAACCAAUUUGUAGUGUUCCUGUUCUUUGUAUUUUUAGUUGCAUAUUAUUUAUACUGCGCAGUGUAGGCAUGGAUUGCAUGUCAGUUUUCUAUGCGGGCACCAUGAUGACAUUAUAACUGUGUAUUAUAAAUCAUUUUUACCUUUUUAAACAGAAUCAUUGUGUGGAAUUUCUAUACUGCAAAACAAAACACUACAUUACGUACUAUCUUCAUUUGUGUUAUUUAUUUUAUUAUUUUGUUGGGGGGGAGGGGGGUGGUUUUACCUGUGGUGUAUAUUGCCUUAUGUGGGCUUGACCAAUUUUAUCAAAAUAAAGGCCUAAAGGGGUAAAAUACGUUUACUGUUUUCUUCAGUAAAUUGGCCCGUGGCUGCCGCAGAGGCAGCUGGGGAAAACUCUGCAGUAGAGAGCACGAAGGGAAGCAAAUCCGUAGCGUAGAGGAUCUGUGCAGAAAGAAAACGCGGCUGUGUAAUUAAUACAUUAACUACAAGUAGGGAGGAGCUCGUCUGAGAGUGGUUUGAGUCUUACGUGGCAAUCCGACAUCGGUAAUCGUGUAGCGAGUCUGAGGAACCUUGUCUGACCCUUGUGUGUCCCGAUUUCUGUUAAACUCGACGCGGUCGCCGUCUUUUGGACCGGCCGUGGAAAUUUCUUCUCACGCGACCUUACCCCAAACUAGUCCUGCGGUUCUGAUCCUAACGUUGCCCACGCAGCAGCGCAGGUGCGUUUAGAAGACCCCCGCUGCUCUGUAUCUGUCACAGGUUUUCUGCUUGGGAAACGGGAAGCAUCAGUCCGAGCGCUGCAGGUUUCUGAAGGUAACGAGGCCAAAGAGAAAAGAGCAAGAACAGGCGCCUGCACCCCUUUCCUCCGGUUCAGAUGCCGCGCGGCCACUGGGGGAACGUCCCUGGCGCCGUGAUUCUGGUUGUCCCUGGUACUUUGAGUUCCCACCUGCAGUUUGGUGCUCAGAGUCGGUGCAGAUCCUUCGCCCCUCGGGUUUCAAAUAGAGCGAACCUCUUCUGCCUCCCUGUUUUUUGUCUGGGAACAGCGUCGCGGUGACGCGCUUCGCACGUGUCGGUGCGGGACCGCGGGGCCGUGCUGGCGGCGGGUGCCGUGUGUCGGUGGGGAGAAGCGGGUGGCUCUGGCGGUUGGGUUCUGGGAAGGACGGUGCCGUCGCAUCGGCAGUGGGGCGGCUGCUUUUCCUCCCUGCUUGGAUUCCGACCCCGGCUGCCUCCUCGUAACCAGCUCAACCUGCCGCUGCUUUAAGGCUGCACGUGUCGUAACAGCAGUGAGCAGGGAAACGCCUAAAUAACACUUGUUUUGGUUUAUCUUUGUUCUUUUUACUUUAAAUUUGGCUGUUAAGUAGCUACAGGAGAAUAAAGCAAAUGCUACAUGUUGAAUUUUCUGAUGUACGUUUUCUGCUUGCUGGAGAAUCACAGCGAUCUCAUGUUGGUGUUUUCCGGUGUGUACAAAGGUCCCGUUUUGUUGAUUGUGUUUCGGUUUAGUAUAUUGGUUCAGCUUCAAGGCAACAUAAUUCAGGGCAGAAAACCCACAUGGCAGAAACACCUUUUUUUUUUUUUUUUUUUUUUUUAAGAGACAAAGGGAAAACCGCUGACAGUUCUCGACGUUUGCUGUCACCGUAGGCCUGGUGGACCUUGGUAGCAGAUUACCAAGAGCAGUUCGGCUGUCAGCAGCUGAUGGCUGUUGAUUUGUUCAGGGAAGAGCAGUAAACCUACCAGCGGAAAAACUACUCAUAGGAUUUGCGGGAGCCGCGUACAGGACUGCACAGGAUUAGGGAUAAAUUGCAUUUUCUUGCCAACCUCGGCCCUUCGGUUUUUAGGAAACUGGGAUCUGCCAUUGCAGGCGGGCACAUGGUGCAGAGGUCUGGUUUGGAAUGAGGACGUGCUGAUGUUUAAUUUGUCGCUGGCUCUAGUCUCCUUUUAUUAAAGGAGCUUGAAAUUCAAAAUAACUUGAGUGGUCAGUCCGCUUAGCGGGGAUGUUAAUGACCCGUUUCCACCGGCUGCGCUGCAAACUGACCGUUCUGUCUGUCUGCAGAAGGGACGGCAUUUCCCGAGCUGCUGUAAGGAUUCCUCCUCUUCAACAGAUCGAUUUUCAAUAAGGACGGUGCUUUUCCUGCGUUAGUGUAAACCUGAGCUUGAGGUUUGCUUUAAUUGCAGUUUUAGUAAGACCUGAGCUACCUUUGGACUAGCGUGCUGGUAACGGUGUGGUAGAAACUUCUCAAGGAGGGAACUUAAUCUGGGUUAAGGCUGGGAGCUCAGGCAGCCCUGCCCUGGCUUUGAGUGACCAGGUGUCUUUGCGUUAGCACGGCUUCUGUCGGUCUUAAAAUUGUUGGGUUUUAAUCUAUGUUGGAUCGAGUUCUUGGUUUAUAGUAUUUUUCUUCGUUUUGUGCAGUGGAUGAGUCAGAACGAAGCGGGCCUCCCUACGCUGGGAACCGGUGGGUGUUGAACAUGCUGGCAGAUGGCAGUUGCUGUCGGAUGGUAUUUGACUCUUCUGCUCAAUGUUUUCAAAACCCCGAGAGGCCGAGGGACACACACACAGUUAAACAACGCGAAUGCACCUUGAUUUCAUCUCCCGGGCUGCCUUAGACAUGAGAGAAUCCUUCGAUAAAUAAAUCUCGCUUUUGUCAUUUGCAGGGGGCUGAACCUUCUGCUAGAGCAGAACUGCUCACGUAUGUUAAAUGUCUCCGGAGCCGGUGUUUACCCCUUCCUUUGGGAGACGCUGCCGGGAUCGAUCCGUGUCGCGGCACGUUGAGGCUGCUGGUCUCUGGUUCUCUGGUGGAACCGCUGCGUGACAGCACAUAGAUGGGAUGUAAAUUUGCCAGGCUAUAAGCUCUGAUUCAUUCCGGUUUUCUGUAGUGAAUAUGGUUACAACCUCCUGCAGAGAAGGCUUUAACGUCUGGCGAAGGGCGCCCUGUGCUGCAAGUAAGCUGAGAGGUUUUUAAUUGCGGUUGAGAUUUUUAACUAGGAAGAUGCAGAGUUACAGGGAAAUGUGUAUUCUCCCCCAGGAGCGUUAUUGUCUACCAGAUGCAAAUUUUGCUAAAUCUUUAAGGAUUAGCGUGAGACCUGUGCAGAUUCAUCCGCCUUUUGGUUCUUUCCUUCAGUGUGCAAUAGGAGUUUUUCCCUCAAUAAGCUUAAAUUGUCAGAACUGAGUUAACAGUGAAGGGAAGCCUUGGGUGAGGCCCCAGCUGGCGGUAAGAGGUUUAUGUUUGUAGUGAAUCUCGAGUAAAUCUGUGAAAGCAGGGCAGGACUUUGGGUGCGGAGGCGGUUGUCUGGGAUCCUCUAAAGAGCAAAGUAGGAGGUGAUGUCCCGGGAGAGCGCCGUGCGCGCGCUGUGGGCUCUCAGGAGAGACUUCUGCUUGUGCCGUAUCUCACUCGGCCUCGGAGCUGCUGUAUCUGUGCAGUGAAAUGUAAAGUUCAUUUCUAUGGAUUAUUCAAUCCAGCUUUUUUAUACCGCGGUUUAGGAAAAAAAGGGAUGAAAGGUCUCCAUUUAUACAUCUAAUUUAAGAACUGGUUCCUGCAACUGGAGUAGUGGAGUUGUCAGCAUUUCCUUCAGAAAUUCUACAGGCUUAAACUUGCUCAUAGAAACCGAGUUGAAUUAUACCAUGCGAAGGGCCGUUUUUUAAUUCAACAAAAUCUGCUCUGGCUGUUUGUCCAGUCAGAAAAGUGAGCGGUUCUCCAAUACCCGUGCUAAUGUCUCAUGUCAUGAGUCUCUGUUUGAAAGGAAAAUGUGAAACUCGACUUAGGUUGGGAAUUUCUAAGAAUUAAAGAUCGAGAUGAUAAAUAGGUAAAGCUUCCGUUCUUGCAAAGUAGAUGGUGAAUAUAAAAGUUAUAAUAUUUAUGGGGCAAAAUGUUGGGGGGGUAUAGGGCUUGCUUAAACAAAACGUUCUUACUGGAUCCUGAAUAUUCAUGGCAUGAGCAUCGACGCAGUCGGAAGGUAACUGUGUGUAUAAAUGUACCACAUACGUGUCCGCCGGUCUUCAGUCAGCAUUAUACAGCGUAGUAAUUAAAAUGUUGUAUUUCAGUCAGCUGUUAACUAAUAAGACAGUAGAUAUUGAGGUUUGAUUUUGGGGAGGAAUUAGAACUUUUAGAUACUUUUUCUUCUGACCCUAACGGAGCCCCCACCUGUGGAAGGAUUCCUUGUAGAUGUGGUGGAAGUUAUUAGUAUUAGUAGUCAUGAAGGGAAAGUUUGAUUUUAAUAAAACUAAAUACAGCUGCUUUUGGCAGCUUCUCUCACAGACUGGCAGCUAAAAACAACUUUAUGUAGUUCAUUGAGCUUGGGGAAAAAUGUCAGAUUUAUGCAUUUUCAGAGACAGUAUAAUACACUGUUCUUUACAAGCUAAACUUUUUCUAUUAAACUAAUUUGUGGAUUAUUUCACUGAUAUAUGCAAUCCUAUAUUCAGCUACAGCGUUGGUGGCACAGGAACUCUGGAAAAGUUGUCCCUGCGACAUAAAAGUUUUAUUUAUUGUGUUUUUCUAUAGGUAAAGUGGAAAACUGAAGUUGGCUUUAAGUGUUUGCAAUCUGAGAAAUGAUGUGAAAAAGCAGCUCAACUCAAUGUACAUUCUUUUCAAUCUUUUCUUUUUUGUGUGAAGGCUUUUGUCUUUGUAUCUUUGCAUUAUUUGUAAAUGAAAUGUAAUAAAAGUUCAAAUGUUUUUGUCUCUGG